AUGGUGGAACUCUUCUUGGGGAAGGUCCUGGUGAAGAACAACAAGGACCGGGACGAGCUGGACACGGAGCGGGAGAUCACCCUGCGGCUCCAGAACCGCAUCCUCAUGCUGUUCUUCGGCUCGGGCGAGUGCGAGCGCUGCCAGGAGUUCGCGCCCACGCUCAAGGACUUCUACAAGCGGCUGACCGACGAGUUCUACGUGGAGCGCUCCGCCCAGCUGGUGCUGCUCUUCGUCUCCAUGGACGAAACCGAGGAGAAGCAGGAGAAGUUCCUCAAGGACCUGCCCAAGCGGUGUCUCUUCCUGCCCUACGAAGACUCCUACAGGAAGGAGCUGGAGGUGAUGUUCGAGGUGGAGGAGACCCCCACCGUGGUGGUGCUACGGCCAGACGGCUCGGUGCUCUCCCCCAACGCCGUGGAGGAGAUCUCCAGCCUCGGCCCCGACUGCUACCAGAACUGGCAGGAGGCGGCCGAGCUCAUCGACCGCAACUUCAUGCUGGCCGAGGAGUUCGACGAGUCCAAGAUGCGCAGCUUGACUGACCCCCUGCGCAGGCUCAAGUACAAGGUGGAGACCAAGAAGAAGAAGAGGGCUACCGAUGAUGAUGAUGAUGAUGAUGAAGAGGAGGGCGGGGGGAAGGGCCCCUGGGGGUGA